GGGAACGUCCGUGGCCGAGGAGAAGGAGGCUUUGAGAGACACACUGCUGGCUCUGGCUACGUUCCCUGCUUUUACUUACUGAAUUCCAGAGGUGACCAAUCCAAAAAAAGAAGUGAAAAUGAAGAUCAUUAUCGGCAUCGGAGGAGUGACCAACGGUGGGAAGACCACUCUGACAAAUAGACUGCUAAAGACAUUACCCAACUGUUGUGUAGUGCAUCAGGAUGACUUCUUCAAGAGACCCGAUCAAAUAGAAGUCGGGGAGGACGGCUUUAGACAGUGGGAUGUGAUCGACGCCUUGGACAUGGAGGCCAUGACCAACACUGUCAAAGGCUGGCAGGAGAACCCGGUCAAGUUCGCCCGCUCUCACGGCGUCAGCCUCUCGCCCGACGCCGACUCGGGGGACGACGGCAUCCACAUCCUCAUCGUGGAAGGCUUCCUGAUCUACAACUACAAGCCCCUCAUUGACAUCUACGACAAGUGUUUCUACAUUUCCAUUCCUUACGAGGAGUGCAAGAGAAGGAGGAGUACAAGAACAUACACCGUCCCAGACCCCCCGGGCCUGUUCGACGGCCACGUCUGGCCCAUGUACCUGAAACACAGGAAGGAGAUGGAGGACUACUGCGACAGGAUAGAGUACCUUGACGGAAUGACGUCGAAGGAGGAAAUCUACAACAAGGUCUUUGAGAGUGUUCAGAACUCCCUGCUCAACAGCUUAUAGCAGGGCCGGCCUGGCAGCGGAUUUGUGUAUAGACUUGUAAAUAUGGAUUUGUCACACCAGCUCUGUACUUCUAGCCUGAUUUGUAAAUAGUGAAUCAUGUAACUUAUUAAGAAACGAGGGCAGAAGCUUUGUGUUUUGUAUAAUCCUGUGUAACUUUUUUUUUUUUUUUCUAAACGAAGACCCACCUCUGGACUGGCCAGUGAUUAACAGCAUAAAAAAAGGAUCUCAAUCUGAUCUCGUAUGUAAACAGAUUAAAUGACCCGCUGAGA